GCUAUUCUGUUAUUCUGCUUAAUACAAUAACCUGGUUGGGUCCAUGGGGUGAAUCCAACCAGUAUCAAUCACUUCUGGAAGUAAUUGUCAAGGUAGAAAUGGAGGGGGGGGGGUUAGAGACAAGCGUGAAAUUGACCUUUGAGACACGUGGCUUCGGGAAUGGGUCCAAGUAGAACUGGCUGCACUUUCCAUUCGUUCUUUUGACCUGUGGCCAUGACGUCUGGGUCUCGGUGCUAUCCUUGUUCAGCCUCAGAGUUCGUGGGGAAUGUUUUUCUGAUCGCUAUUUCUGUGCAAUGCGGUUUUUUUUCCCUCUCUGAAAAAGGCCACUUUUAACCAGGAGACACGUCUCUCUCGUGAAUGCUGGGGACCAGAUUCGUGGACCCCCCUAAUCAGCCCCCUCCUGUUCAUCCUCUUGAACAAAAUAUCGGCAACGCCACCUAUUGAUCGGUGCUGAGGAUAUUUGGGAAACUGAAAUGAGAAGUCGUAUCUGGGUGAUCGAGAUGUUGGAAAAAUUAGUCAAUGUGGUGACGAUCCGGAACGAAACGAUCCGACAGGGCCUGGCUGAAGCUCUGGCGACCUUCCUCUUGAUGAGUUUUGGCCUUGGGUCCGUGGCACAAGUCGUGUUGGGAAAGAACAGUUUUGGAGAGUACCUGAGCAUCAAUCUUGGGUUUGGGUUUGGUGUCAUGUUGGGAGUCCAUGCAGCUGGUGGAAUCUCAGGUGCUCACAUGAAUGCGUCCAUCAGUUUCGCCAACUGUGUGGUAGGAAAUCUACUCUGGCGCAAACUCCCGGCAUACGUCAUUGGCCAGUUCUUUGGAUCCUUCGCCGCAUCGGCUGUUAUUUUUGCUUUAUAUUAUGAAGCACUACAGAACUACACAGGAGGGAACCUGACGGUGACGGGACCGGCAGCCACCGCAGGGAUCUUUGCCACCUAUCCUGCUCCUUAUGUGUCUCUGUGGAACGGGUUUCUGCAGGAGGUUAUUGCAAGCAGCCUGCUGAUGAUCGGUGUCCUCGCCAUCCACGAUAUGAAGAACGCCAGGGCACUGCCAGGCACCAAUGCCUUCAUCACCGGGCUGUUGGUGGUGGUCAUCGGCAUGUCCAUGGGGAUGAACACCGGCUAUGCCAUCAACCCUUCCAGGGAUCUCCCCCCGCGGAUUUUCACUGCUCUCGCUGGAUGGGGGCUAGAGGUGUUCCGAGCAGGCAACUGCUGGUGGUGGGUGCCGAUGGUGGCCCCAACCCUUGGAUGCCUUGUUGGGAUGUUCAUCUACAACAUCCUGAUAGACUUCCACAAUCGCUCUCCCUCAGAUCCAGAACCUUCAAAGCAAGACCCGGAGGCCGAGUUGACGUCUCCCAUGUGACCGGGGAGGGCUGCUUUGAAAGGAUUAUGUUCUUUGAACAUCUGAACAUGCUUUCCUUCCUGGUCCUCAAGGAACACAGGAGAUCCUUUGGGGAAGACAGGAGAAAGAUGGAACUGAUCAGCUCCUAUGGGGGCUGCACUAGGAACAGUUCUCUUGCUCAACUUGGAGACAGCUGUCCACCGUCCUGGAAGACGUGCAGACCAGCUUUGAUCAGGGAGGACAAUGGACACCCGAGAAAGAGACUUGGAAAAAAUAAAUCUACCUGUUUAAGACCA